AUGAACCUUCCUCCCUCCUCCGAUCAUUCAUUUCUAUUAAUUAAACAAUUCAAAUGUCAAUUUUGGAAUAAUAUGGUUGCUCUCUCACCAGGCACUCUAUUCAUCACGACUCGAUUUAUUUUGUUUGAAUAUGAAUCGGGAAAUAGAGGCAACAACUCGUCAUCGGGAUGUGGUGGAAAUGGAGGAGGAACAUCGAAUACUGGAAAUUGUAGUGGGGGAGGAAUGAGUAGCAGUGGCGUUGGUUUAAUGAAUACAGCCACGACCAUGAUGAACAUGUCUUCUUCUCCUCCUAGUGGCAGUGCUCCAUCCAAGAUAUUUGGAAGCUCCACGGUGGAUGAUGAAGACUUUGUAGAUGUGACCUAUGUACCUGAAUUCAAAAAUAGAGAAAUCAAAUCGAAUACUUCAUGUAUUUUGAUCCCUCUGCAAGAUAUUGCUCAAUGUACAAAGAGUUCAUAUCUAUUCAAAUCUGUUCUGUGGAUUCAAACUCGAAAUAAUACGAGUUAUUAUUUUGUUGGACUUAAAAGCAUUUCGAAUACGAGCACGAUCAUUAAUCACGUGUUGGAUCAAUUGAAAAUUCAUGAGAGAAAGAGUCACGAGAUUUCAACAAAACGAAAAGAACGACCCGUAGAAAUUAAAUUAGAUGAAAAUGGAUUUUUAAAAGCAAUUGAGUAUGGAGAUGUUGAAGAUGAGGAGGAGGAACAACGAGUGAUUUAUAAUGCAAAGGGGAAAAAGAUUGAUCCUUUCGCAUACAUUAAGAGUUUGACACCAUCGAGUUUCAGUUUCAGUGCAAAUUCUAGCAGUAUUAGCAGGCAGAAAAACUCUGUCAUUUCCCUUCCUAACAGCUCUGCCAAUCAGGCAAAUUCCAGCAAGAACAAGUCAUACAUAAGCGGAUUCAAUUACUAUCUGGGGGCAUCUUUGUCAGGAUUGUAUUCAUACAGUGUUGGACCUGUGGUAGGCCUAUUUUAUGGCUCCUCCAAUACCAACACGUCCUCUGCACAAGAAAAGAAAAAGAAUAUUACAGCAUUGGAUCAUUCUUCUCUUGAAAUUCUAAUUAAGAGUGACAAGUGGCACAAGAAAUACAUCGUUCUCGACGAAAAUGGAUUUUCCAUUGUCGAUCCCACCCAACCAACUAAACAGACACAACUUUUUCUUUUGUACAAACAAAUCACAGAUGUUACUACUGUAAAUACCUUCACCUGUAACAUUAGUUAUCAAGAAAGCAACAAACAUGAACACAAACACAUCAAGCUUACCUCAAUAUAUUUACCCCUCAUCUUAAACAUUUUCCUUCAAGAAAAUCAAACCAUUCUCUUUUUAGAUGAAAAAGUUUCAAAAACCAUUGAACUCGACAGUGUUCUUUCUCAACAACUCCAACAAUUCGAUCAGAACCAUUCCACAAUUAGCACUACCGAAACUCUCCCUCGAGCUUCUGUUUGUCAAGAAGAAGAAUCCGUUCCACCAACCCUCAAUCGAGAAGAGGUUCACACGGUGCUAACAAGUCAUCAACAAGAAGAAGAAGAGGUGGGACUAAAAAAGUGA